AUGAGGAGUAACUGGGAGGAAAAGAAUUUUUACAAUGAAAUAUCCCUUCAAAUAAAUUUGACCUCUUUAGAGGAUCAGUAUCAAGGACAAGUUAAACCUAAACAUAAGACAUUCUACACAAGAGUGGUAGUUCACUACCCAUAUAUGGUUUUCCUUGUCGUCUUUGUUGUUAUAGCCACCUGUUUAGUCUUGUCUUUGACCCUUGUAGAAUUCCCUACGUUUGGUAACCCACUGGAUGGAUUUGAACCAAGAGGGACAAAAAUUGGACAAAGACUCAAUACAUUUGGCAACAUUUAUGAGAACAAAGGAAAUAAGCUUUCAUUGCUCCCGUCCAACUUCCACUCUCUUCUUAAAGAUAUUGAUGAUUCUGAUGCAGCUACCAAUGAACAGAACCAAACAGAUGUAUUGUCUAAAAGAAGUACCAAAAAUAAUGAUUAUUUCUGUGAAUUUUCUAGUCAGAAAUAUAGUCAAUUUGCACAUAUUGCCUUUACUGCAGAGGACAGCUCUAAUCUCUUCACUGCUGAAAAUAUACGACAGAUGUGUUACAUAGAAGAACAAAUUAUUCGAACCCAUUCCUCCUUUAAAGAAUUGUGCUUGACUAAAGCUAGCAAUGAUUGUUGUCCCAGUUGGUCACUAGGAAACUAUAUAUCUAGGCUGUCACAUAAAUCAAAUUGCUCACAGAUUACACAAGAGGAUGUAAAUAAGGUGUAUAAAACUCUUGAUAAAUGCUCAGCAUACUAUUUUAAUUACACUUUGGAACAUGAUUGUGAAGCUAUGAAGCGAAGUGGAAGAGUUUAUUCCCGUUGUAAAGGCAUUCCAAGAAAGUGUAUACGUUUAAAUGGUGUCUUCAAUAUUUUACAUCAUAUUACCGACAUGAAUUUUAUACCAGAAAGUGCCAAACAACACACAAAACCUUUUUUACGCUAUGCUAUAACCUUUUUACCAAUUUCUUACAGCAUUGAUACAGUGGAGUUAUACAACCACAUUGAAUCAUGGGUAGGAUCAAGCAAUCAAAAUAUCAAAAUAGCAGGGAUAGAUUUUGGUAUAAAGUACACGCUGUUUAGUGAAUACCUUUUAAAAGAUACAAUUUGGAUAAUUGGUGCUAUCUGUAUAAUUUUUAUACUAGUAUGGAUCUAUACAGCCUCCAUCUUUGUUACAUUUAUGACAUUUGUUGUUAUUGGAUCUUCCUUAGUUAUGUCUUAUUUUCUCAACCAGAUUAUUUUCGAAAUCAAAUUUUUUCCAUACAUGAAUCUUGUUACUGCUGUUAUGGUUAUAGCUAUUGGUGCUGAUGAUGUUUUUGUAUAUUGUAAAGUAUGGCAUUUAUCCAAAUCUGAGAGAAACAAUGGAACUAUGGAGAAAAUAGUGCAUGAUACACUCCAUCAUGCCACCUUAUCGAUGUUUGUUACCAGUUUAACUACUUCAGCUGCUUUGUUUUCAAAUGGUGCUAGCUCAAUCACCGCCAUUAAAUGUUUUAGCAUCUAUGCGGGGACAACUAUAUUAUGUAAUUUUUUAAUCAUGAUUACAUUAAUUCCUGCCACUCUUAUUAUCAAUGAUAAAUGGUGCAAUUGUGAGAGCUGGUACAAUCCAGAAUUUUCAUCAAAUAAAAACGUGAGUUACUUUUUAUGCAAAAUACCAUACAAAGUGUAUCAUUCUAUAUCUGAUUGGUCAAGGAUAUUUUUUGAAAAGUUGCUGCCUUUUAUCAUAGUGAAGUUUAGACAUAUAUGGAUAUUUGUACUAGGUGCUUUAGGCAUUGGAGGAGUGGUUGUGAUAUUCUUCUAUCCUAAGCUCAAACUACCAUCAUCAGAUAAAUUUCAAGUUUUUUCAUCCAAUCAUUUAAUUGAAAAAUAUGAAUUCCAAAUAAGACACAAUUUCCGAUUUGAAAAAUCUAAAGAUAUUGAAGAAUUUACCUUGUUGCCUUUGACAUUUGUAUGGGGUGCAUUUGCAACAGACAAAGGAGACUAUUUAAAUCCAGCUAGUCGUGGAAGUUUGGAAUUCGACAAAACAUUCAAUGCAAUUACUCCAAGUGCUCAAACAUGGUUGUUGCAAUUUUGUAAUAAACUGAAAAAUACUGAUUUUUAUCAGGAGACACCAGGAUAUCAGCUCACAAAUUGUUUUUUUGAUAAAUUUCGUGAUUAUUUACAAAAGCCUUGUCUGUUUGUAGAUGAUUUUCCAUGUUGUAAUAAUACAUAUCCAAAAUCAGAAGAAAUUUCGUAUUGUUUAUAUAAAUACAUUCCAAUGCUCAUGAAUACUCCAGGUGUUCAGUACAGUCAGAUUACUCCAGGCAUAAGAUACAAAGACAAUAGUAUCAGUCUUAUUAUUGUGGAAUACAUGAGCAAUGUACAGUUUUCAUUUUCUUACUCAAAGACCAAAGAUUUUUAUACUAAAGUUAACAGCUGGUUUACUCAGGAACUUCAAUCAGCACCACCCGAAAUGAAAAAUGGCUGGUUUGUCAGCAACCUAGCUAUGUUUGAUCUCCAGAAUAGUCUUUCAGAAGAAACACCCAUUACCAUGGGGAUUUCUCUUGGUGUUGUUGCUGCUGUGAUUUUUAUAACUACAUUAAAUGUUUUCAUCAGUAUUUUUGCAUUGAUUAGUGUUGCAUGUAUUAUGUUUCUCACCAUUGGAACAUUGGUGCUCCUGAAUUGGGAACUGAAUAUAUUAGAAGCUGUGAUCCUUACUGUAGCACUUGGCAUGUCAGUAGAUUAUACUCUUCAUUAUGCUGUAGUUUAUCGAUUAUCUCCAGAUAUUGACCGUGAGAAUAGAAUUGUGAGUUGUGUUCAUAGUAUGGGAAGUGUCAUCACUAUGGCAGCAAUUACCACAUUCCUAGCUGGUGCAUUAAUGAUGCCAGCCACAGUUUUAGUGUAUAAGAAAUUUGGCAUCUUUCUAAUGCUGGUCAUUUCUGUAAGUUGGACUUAUUCAACAAUCUUUUUCCUUUCAUUGUUAUGUAUUUUUGGUCCAAUGGGUAAUUUUGGACAAUUCAAUUGGCCAACUUGUGAAGUCUGUGUUGCAGCUCCAGAGGAACAUCAAGAUAAAACUCGAUAUACUAUUUCUGAAUUAUCCUCAACAAGCACAUAUCCUCACACAACCAGUACAGCCACAACUUCAACAAGUGAGUCAAGAGAACUUGAAUCUAUAUCUGACGAUCCAAUAGACCCUUUUCCUCUACCUCAACGAAGAAGAUCAAGAUCAAGAGGUCAGUAUCAUGAAUAUAUGAAAGCUCGUACAAGGAGUGACAGUCCUGAAGAACUAAGGCCUGGAAGAACUGAAGGUUAUCAUUCCAGAAGAGGAAGUCGUGUAAGAUUUUCUAUAGGAAGUAUAGAAAAAACAAGUCCCAGUCAUGAAAUUGAUACUGAACCAAAACGAUAUGGUAAAAGAAGAUCGGUGGCAGAGGAUUCAGUAUUUGAGGUAUCAGAGGAAUCAAUGUCCUCUCCAGUAGAGGGCAGUAAAACAGAAGUUCAUUAAUCCUACUGUACCAUCAUAAGAAAAGUUUUCUUUGCUUUAGGUAUCAAUUUUUCCAUCUUAUAAAUGGGAAUCUGAUAACUUUUUACAUUUGUUUUUUUUUUUUAUAUUCAAAGGUCUAAAAUGUUUAUAUUCCAAAGGUUGAAAGUGUUACAUUUUCUUGUGAUGGUAGGAAUGUCAUUUAAUAUUUGUUAAAAAAAAUUUAUAGUGGUCUAUUAUUUCAACAUUUUUAUAUCUGAC